AUGACGACGAAACAACCGACGAGGUUCGAGGCGGUGAUCGGGAUCGAGACGCACGUGCAGCUGAACUCGAGGACGAAGGCGUUUUGUCGGUGCGCGUACGAGUACGGCGCGGAACCGAACACGAGGGUGUGUCCGACGUGCAUGGGACAUCCGGGGACGCUUCCGGUGCUGAACUCGGCGGUGGUGAAGAAGGGGAUCGCGAUCGGGACCGCGCUCGGGGCGAAGAUACGAAGGACGAGCAAGUUCGAUCGUAAGCAGUACUUUUACCCGGAUUUGCCGAAAGGGUAUCAGAUUUCGCAGUUUGACGAGCCGCUGUGUUACGACGGAUCCAUCGACGUGGUUUUACCAGUGGAAGACGGCGGAGAGGUGAAGCGGGUGGGGAUCACGCGCGCGCACUUGGAGGAAGAUGCGGGAAAAUUGACGCACGCGAAGGGCGAGGAUGGGAAAAAGUACUCGUACGCCGACUUUAAUCGAGCGGGCGUGGCGCUGCUGGAGAUCGUCACCGAGCCCGAUUUGCGCACAGGACGCGAGGUCGCGGCGUACGGUUCGGAAUUGCGACGAAUAGUGCGGUUUUUGGAUGCGUGCGACGGGGACAUGUCCCGAGGGUCAAUGCGAAACGACGUCAACGUGAGCAUCCGACCGGUGGGUCGCGAGCGAUUCGGCACCAAAGUCGAGGUGAAGAACAUGAACUCGUUCAACGCGAUGGCGCGCGCGAUCGACUACGAGAUCGCGCGCCAAGAGGAGCUCAUUCGAUCAGGGCGAGGCGAUGAAAUCGUGCAAGAGACGCGCACGUGGGACGAGGCCGCGCAGAAAACCGUCGCCAUGCGCAAGAAGGAAGGCUUGGCGGAUUAUCGCUACUUCCCAGAACCGGACAUCCCCAAGCUGAGGCUAUCGGAAGAGUUCAUCUCGAACGUCGUGGCGUCCAUGCCCGAGCUGCCGUCGAUGGUUCGCGCGCGAUACGCCGCGCUCGGCUUGCCGCCCGCCGACGUGCAAGUGCUCGUCGAGGACAAAGAGCUCGUGACGUAUUUCGACGCCGCGCUGAGCUCGAGCGCGAAACCAUCGGCGAAACAAGUCGCCAACUGGCUCACGGGAGACAUCAUGGCCCACCUGAAGAACUCAAAGAUGGAAAAUGUUUCCCAGCUCCCGCUCUCGCCCGAGGCGCUCGGCGAGUUUUGCGCCAUGAUCGACGCCGGAGAAAUCAGCGGUAAAAUCGGCAAAGAUCUCCUCCCCGAGCUCUUAGAAAAAGGCGGAAGCGCGAAAAAACUCGUCGCCGACCGCGGCUUGUCCCAAGUUUCCGACCCGCGCGAGAUCGAAGCCUUGGUUGACGGCGUCCUCGAAGCCAACGCCGGGCAGCUCGAGCAGUAUCGCGCCGGCAAAACCAAGCUCAAGGGUUUCUUCGUCGGCGCGUGUCUCAAGGCCAGCGGCGGUCGCGCCAAUCCAUCUCUCGUCGAUCGCAUCUUACAAGCCAAGCUCGACGGCGUUCCGAUCGACGUCGCGUGA